AUGAUUGACAUCAGGUUCAAGUACGCCCACAAGCCGUGCGAGUUAUUCGUGGAUUACAGUGUGAAUGCUGGUUGUGUUCCCCGCUUACCGCCGCCCAUGGCCGAAACUGUAACCCCCACUAAAACCACCACAGUCCUACCAGGUAAUACGGCUGCCAGCCAUGGAGAACCAUUUUUGGAGAACCCAUUUAUAAGUGUGUUCAUGAGGUAUUUAAUGGUAUUUGUGUUUAUUCUUUCAGCAACCACCACAACAACCACCACAGCAACCACCACAGUCUCAACAACCAUUCCAACAACAACUCCAUGGACAGCACCAGCGAUUUUCUAUCCAUUCGGCGCAGCGGCAGGAGACACAGAACAGAUUGAAAUGGGUACUGAAUCCUACAUAUAUGUUCCCUUCUCCAAGCCAUUUAUGUUCUUUGGCCGCAAGUACAACGACGCAUACGUUAAUAAUAACGGACUCCUUUCAUUCAGCCAACCUUUACCAGAAGCUCACCCUUACCAAUUUCCUGCAUAUGGAAUUGAAGAUUUCAUUGCUCCGUUCUGGACUGAGCUUGAUGACAUUGGAUAUGGCAGAUACUGGUAUCAGGAGUACACUGAUGGAAGUGUGCUCACUCGCGCCACUCAGGAUAUAAACCAGCAUUUCCCUCAUAAGACCUUUUUUGCUUCUUGGGUCUUUGUUGCAACAUGGGACUAUGUUCACGCAUUUGAUCUGAAUGUAUUAAAUCUUCACUCGGCACCGGCAAUCACCUUUCAAUUGGUUUUAAUUUCAGGAGGUGAUUUUUCUUUCAUUCUGAUGAAUUAUGGGGACUGUGCUGGUUCAUAUUUUCCAGUGGAGGCUGGAUUUGACACAAUAAACUCCACUGACUACCAUGUCAUUCAUUAUGAUGUUUUUGGCAACCUCCCAAACCUCAAGAACAUGAGUAACGUAAAUGUUCCCGGUCGCUGGGCCUUUCUUGUGAACAACGGAACAGAAAAUGUCAUUGGAGUUCAAUUGAAACUUAGCUCAUUUUUAGACCUGACACAGCCUGGAAAAGCUGAGUAUGUUUUGCAGCAAUUUAAACAAGAGCUGGUCAAUCGUGGAGUGUCAAAUUUCUUUGAGAUGAAGUUAAGAAAAGUUGAAAAGACACCGUAAUACAUGGAAGGGACUUCAAAUGGUGACCUUGAAGAUGUAUGCCUUGAAUGUCGCAGGAAGGGAUCCUUUAUAGUUUCUCACCCUUGAACUUAUUACUCGCUAACAAAAUAACAAAUUAGCAUAAAUAUGAUGAAAAUUAUGAUCAAAUUAGAUAAUAAGUUAAUUAAUACACUAAUCACAUAUGUUCCAACUUAAUUAAUAAGAUAAACUAUCUUAAAUAAUCAUUCAUUCUUUUCUUUUUUUCCACUAUCAUGCUUUGUGUUAGCAGAUUUCUUAGGGGUUUCAACUUUGAACCGCAUGUAAACAAUGCUAAUAAACCUGUUCCUUGUCUACAAA